CAAUGGAUACUUUCUCAGUUGACUGACAAAGCAAAACAGGAGCAACACAUUCGGACCAGCGGAGAAGGUAAUGUGACAAUACUUGUUUAAGUUGGGAUUUAAGAGAAAGUGAAUCAGAACUGAUUUGCCAUUUUCAACACUACUCAAGAACCAAAAGACAGAUGGAGAUGAGUGCAAUCCCUCCAAAUACCCCAAAACGCAGUGCAGAAGAGGAAGAAGAUGCACUGGCACCUCAGGUACUGGAGAUUCUCAGUGGGAUCAGCAUUGAAGCCUUUAAGACUCUGAAGGAACCUGAAGAUAGAGAUGUGUGGACCCUGGAAGAGGGAGAUGACUCCGUGUUUUACAGUAAUGAGGAGCAAGCUCAGCUGAACAUCGUUACUGCAUCAACCGGCAUCAAGUGCCGACAUCUUGCAAACACUGUGGCAGAUGAACCUAGCCAGCAGAAAGAGGUAAAGGCAGGGGAAGAACAUGAAGCCAAUAUUGCCAAAGAAAAUUUAAACAUGGGAAUGGAAAUGACCCAUCAGAUCACUUGGACCCAAGAAGAACCCCAAAAGUUUCAUACAGCCAAAGCUAAACUAAUGUUUGCAUUAGACUCUGGGGAACAAGGUGCUGAUUCUGAACAGACUCCAGGAGAGUUUAUGAGAAUGUGUAAGGAGUUUUUGCAGCCACACUGGACAACUGUAGAAAUGCAAGCUCACCCUGAACAAAAUGCAUCAGCGGAAGAAGCAAAUCGGCAAAUCAAAGAGGAAGAAGUGGAACUAGAAACUCACACACCAGCCCUAAGCUUUGAUGUACCUAAUGAGGGUGGUUAUGCAAGGCUGAACAGGGAGGCAAACUACCCAGACCAGCUGUUUGGUCCCAGUUGGCUUCAAGUGGAUCAGAAAGCUGAGCUGGGUCCAAACUUUAAUGUCCAUGCUGGUCUUUAUCAAAACCCCCACCCGGGUUACUCCAGCCUGCCUUUGGUAAAGAAAUCUGGCUGCAGUGAGAGCCACCAGCAUUCAUUUAACCAUCUCACAUCUACCAAGUACAGCACCGUGUCCUAUCGCAGGAUCCGCAGAGGCAACACCCGUCAGAAGAUAGAUGAGUUUGAGUACAUGACAAUUAAUCACUAAGAAUCUGGUUUCAAUGUCCAUCUAAUGAAACCAUAACAAAACAAAUGCAACAUGUGUGCUUUACAGUUUACACAGAAAUAGCCAAUGUAGCAACCCAUUAUGUGCAAACCUUACAUGCAUACAUAACAGUCACGGUUAAGGUACUUGGCUCAAUAGAGCGAAAACAUCUCAUAUUUGUAAAGAAAACAGUUGAUUUAUGUUGUUACUAUUGGCUAUUAAGAUUUUUGGUAUGAGAAAUCCGGCGUUAAAAGUUUUAAAUUCCUCAGAAGUAACCUCAGUAAAUAACUAUUAAAAAGAAAUUCAAAUGGCAGAUGGAGGGAAAUAACAAAAUAUAUACUGUUGCACAUUCAUCAACUUGUUAUUAUUUUCACCUACUUUCACCAAAAAUGCAUUUUCAUUCAUGUCUUUUUCUUGAAAUGUUUGUGAUCAUGUAAUAAACUCAUGAAAUCAGA